UCCUUCGCUGAAGGCCACGUGGGGGAAAGCGGCUUCAUCUGCAAGUGCCUGGGCGGCGCGCGGUUCACGGUCUACACGCAGCAGUUAAGCCGCGUAAAGCACAGACGGCAACUCUAAAACUUUUAAGUUUCACGAGAGAAGGAAAGGCCGUUCCCCCAAGAGGACGAGACACGGCGGCGCCCUGGCGGGAGCCUCCCCAACCAAACCCCGAAGCGGCCCGGAGAGGAGGAGGCAGGCAGCGGGCUGGCUCCUCCCUCCGCCCCUCGCCAGCCGGGGCCCGGUGACGCCUCUCGGCCUCGCUAGCACGCGGGGCGGCUGCUGGGGAGGGGACAGAGGCGAAGGGGGCGGCCCGAGCCGCCAGGCACGGCUUUAAAUCCUGGACGGGGCCAAGCGCGAGCUCCCAGCGCUAGAGCGGUGUGGCGGCAGCGAGGCUGCCCCCUAACUCCCUCCUCCUGCCGCUCGCCCCCGGCCGCCAGCCGCCAGCCGGAAGGUUUUUGCACGGCCGAGGGCGAAAUCCCACCGAGGGAGAAGAGGGCUGCCUUUGGGCGCGCGCGCGCCUGUCUGGCUUUCUCGGUGUCGCGUGUGUGUGUGUGCGCGCGCUCCCGCCUGCCCCAGACAGGGUUGCAAAGGGGAGGGGGCGGCCUGCUUGAAGGGAGCCAUUGAGCGUCCCUCCCUCCCUCCCUCUCUGACUGACGGACUGGCCGGCUGAGCCAGCGACCCACGCGCUCGCCUCUCCUUUGGGGACAACUCCAUUGGCCACCGCUGUGCAGUCCCUACUACUCCCUAGCCGUGGCCGCCCGCCUUGCCAAGUGCCCGCUCGCAAGUCCCACUGAGCUCGCUCUCCCUUCCUCCCCCCGCUUUCCCAAGCCCGGGGAAGUUGGAUAGACUUUGCUUCUUCUUUUUCUUCGGCGGCUCCUCCUCCUUCUUCGCCGGGUCCGGUCGUGCUGCUGCUGCUGCUUCCCCAAGGGACUGGCGGCUGUUCGCCUCGCGCUGCCGGAGAUCGCCGCGGCGGCGGCUACUGCUGCUGAAUCUGCUGCGCGCCGGUCCCUUUGGAAGAAGAAGAAACCGGAGGAGGAGGAGGAAAGACCCGGGAGGUGGGGGGAGAAGUAGAAGGCUGAGAGCGCGCGCCCAGCAGCCCCCACCGCCUCGCGCGCCUCCACUCCGGCUUUUUGCUCCCGGUUGCUGCUGCUGCUUCGGCAGUCCCAGCCAACAGCCGCGAUGGAGGACCGACGCAAAGGAGAUCCCUCCAAGAGGAUGGAGGAUGAGGCAGUGCUGGACAGAGGGGCCUCCUUCCUUAAGCAUGUGUGUGACGACGAGGAAGUGGAAGGUCAUCAUACAGUCUAUAUUGGGGUUCAUGUGCCUAAAAGUUACCACAGAAGAAGGCGCCACAGAAGAAAGCCCAAGGAAAAGAAAGAAAAGGAGAAAAUUUCUGAAAACUACUCUGACAAAUCUGAUGUUGAAAAUGCUGAUGAGACGAGUAGUAGCAUCCUCAAGCCUCUGAUCUCCCCCGCUGCUGAGCGCAUCCGCUUCAUUUUGGGCGAAGAUGAUGACAGUCCCGCCCCACCCCAGCUCUUCACGGAAUUGGACGAACUACUGGCCGUUGAUGGGCAGGAGAUGGAAUGGAAGGAGACGGCAAGGUGGAUAAAGUUUGAAGAAAAAGUGGAACAGGGCGGAGAGAGAUGGAGCAAACCUCACGUUGCCACGUUAUCCCUGCAUAGUUUGUUUGAGCUGAGGACGUGUAUAGAGAAAGGAUCGAUCCUGUUAGAUAUGGAGGCCUCGUCGCUCCCUCAGGUAGUAGAGAUGGUUGUUGACAAUCAGAUUGAGACAGGGCUGUUGAAGCAAGACAUGAAGGACAAGGUCACCUACACGCUGCUCAGGAAGCAUCGGCACCAGACCAAAAAAUCCAACCUGCGCUCUUUGGCUGACAUCGGGAAGACCGUCUCCAGUGCAAGUAGGAUGUUUACCAACCCCGAUAAUGCACGCAGCCCGCUUGAGAGUUCUGUGCCGUGCCUAGCAACUCGCACAUUGGAUGAUGAAAUCCGGGUGCAGCGCAGCCCCAGCGUGGGAUGGCUAAGCAGCCCAGCCAUGACUCACAGAAACCUGACUUCCUCCAGUCUGAACGACAUCUCUGACAAACCUGACAAAGAGCAGCUGAAGAACAAAUUCAUGAAGAAGUUACCUCGGGACGCUGAGGCCUCCAACGUGCUAGUUGGAGAGGUCGACUUCUUGGAAAUUCCUUUCAUUGCCUUCGUUCGGCUGCAGCAAGCAGUUAUGCUCGGUGCUUUAACAGAGGUCCCUGUACCCACCCGGUUUCUCUUCAUUUUGUUGGGUCCCAAAGGCAAAGCUAAAUCGUAUCACGAGAUUGGCCGCGCCAUUGCCACUCUGAUGUCUGAUGAGGUAUUCCACGACAUUGCCUACAAAGCCAAAGACAGGCAGGAUCUGCUCGCUGGCAUCGAUGAGUUCCUGGAUGAAGUCAUUGUGCUUCCCCCUGGGGAGUGGGACCCCGCCAUCAGGAUAGAACCGCCCAAGACCCUCCCGUCUUCUGACAAAAGGAAAAACAUGUAUUCAGGUGGCGAGAAUGUGCAGAUGAAUGGAGACACUCCUCACGAUGGGGGGCAGGGAAAUGGGGGGCACGGGGACUGUGAAGAAUUGCAACGAACGGGCAAAUUUUUUGGUGGGUUGAUCAAAGACAUCAAGAGGAAAGCCCCUUUCUUUGCGAGUGACUUCUACGAUGCAUUCAACAUUCAAGCCCUGUCUGCCAUUCUCUUCAUUUAUCUGGCUACUGUAACCAACGCCAUCACUUUCGGAGGGCUGCUAGGAGACGCUACGGACAACAUGCAGGGCGUGUUGGAAAGCUUUCUGGGCACAGCGGUGACAGGGGCUCUCUUUUGCCUUUGUGCUGGCCAGCCACUCACUAUUCUCAGCAGCACUGGACCAGUCCUGGUCUUUGAGCGACUUUUAUUUAACUUCAGCAAAGACAAUGGCUUUGAUUAUCUGGAGUUCCGCCUCUGGAUCGGCUUGUGGUCGGCCUUCCUUUGUCUCAUUUUGGUGGCUACUGAUGCCAGCUUCUUGGUCCAGUAUUUCACCCGGUUCACAGAAGAGGGUUUCUCCUCACUGAUCAGCUUCAUUUUUAUUUAUGAUGCUUUCAAGAAAAUGAUCAAGUUAGCAGAUCAUUAUCCCAUCAAUUCUCAUUAUAAAGAGGACUACGCUACAACUUAUUCCUGUACCUGCUUGCCACCAGUCCCAGAUAAUAGUUCUUUAUUCAAUGAGACAGCCACGAUGUCAGCUGAUGGGACUGCAAGUAACUUUGCUGAGAUGGCCAAUGGCACAAUUAUCUGGUCAUCUCUAACGAAGACGGAAUGCUUGAAUUACAAAGGCAUCCUCCAGGGCACCAACUGCAGAUACGUCCCCGACAUCACCCUCAUGUCUUGUAUCCUCUUCCUGGGCACCUACACUUGCUCCAUGGCCUUGAAGAAGUUCAAGACCAGUCGGUAUUUCCCAACCACUGCAAGAAAGUUGAUCAGCGAUUUCGCCAUCAUCCUUUCCAUUCUGAUCUUCUGUGGAAUUGAUGCUCUGGUCGGUGUGGAUACCCCAAAACUCAUUGUGCCAAGUGAAUUCAAGCCAACGAGCUCUGAAAGAGGAUGGUUUGUCCCACCAUUCGGAGGGAACCCCUGGUGGGUAUACUUGGCAGCAGCCAUCCCUGCUCUGCUGGUGACCAUCCUUAUCUUCAUGGACCAGCAAAUCACAGCUGUUAUUGUCAACCGGAAAGAGCACAAACUCAAGAAAGGUGCAGGCUAUCAUCUGGAUCUGUUCUGGGUGGCUGUAUUGAUGAUUGUAUGUUCCUUCAUGGGCUUGCCCUGGUAUGUUGCUGCUACUGUGAUCUCCAUUGCACACAUUGACAGUUUGAAGAUGGAGACGUCGACGUCGGCACCCGGCGAGCAACCCAAGUUCCUGGGAGUCAGGGAGCAGAGAGUGACUGGAGUGAUUGUGUUUAUCCUGACCGGCAUUUCAGUUUUCAUGGCUCCCAUCUUGAAGUUUAUUCCCAUGCCUGUGCUCUAUGGAGUGUUUCUAUAUAUGGGUGUCGCGUCCCUUAAUGGAGUGCAGUUCAUGGAUCGUUUAAAGCUGCUCCUGAUGCCUCUGAAGCACCAACCUGACUUCAUCUACCUGCGCCACGUCCCCCUCCGCCGAGUGCACCUCUUCACUUUCCUCCAGGUGGUGUGCUUGGCUCUCCUUUGGAUCCUGAAGUCUACAGUGGCUGCUAUCGUUUUCCCAGUUAUGAUCCUGGCGCUCGUGGCGGUCAGAAAGGCCAUGGACUACUUCUUCUCCCAGCAUGACCUCAGUUUUCUUGACGACGUCAUUCCCGAGAAGGACAAGAAGAAGAAAGAGGACGAGAAGAAGAAGAAGAAGAAGAAGGGCAGCCUGGAUAGUGACAAUGACGAUUCCGACUGCCCUUACUCAGAAAAAGUCCCAAGUAUUAAAAUUCCAAUGGACAUCAUGGAACAGGAACCUUUCCUAAGUGAUAGCAAACCUUCCGACAGAGAAAAAUCACCAACAUUCCUUGAACGCCAUACAUCGUGCUGAUAAAAUUCCUUACCUCCACUCCCACACAAUGCCAAGCCCUCCACGGACUCCAGUGAAAGUCGUGCCUCAAAUUAGAAUAGAGCUUGAUCCUGAAGACAGUGGUUAUUUAUGGAGGAGCAAGGGAACAGAAACGACUUUGUAACUUGUUUGUUAAUCUUCUACUGAACUGGCUUUUUACUCUUUUUCUUCUUCUUCACCAUUAGCCAAAUAUUCAAAUUCUCUCUGCGUAGGUAAAACCAAGGCGUGUUGCUGUCCCUCUUCCUGUUGGCUUUUCUCCCGGGACGUAUCUUUUUCACUCACUCAGUCCCUUUCUUUCUGACCAAUACACUUUUUUUUUGGUUUUGCCUUCUCAGUCCCACACAUGCGAAAUAACCCUCAUGAGCAUUGCAGCAGAGGGUGGAAGCGUUCGGGAAAUAUUGCAGCAUUCAGGAGAUAUUGUCACAGCUUUGUGAAACGUCGAGGGAAAUGACUUGCUUUCGAAUUGUGAAUCCUUGUUUUUCUUUGGGGGUUUAUUUUUAUCUUAAUUUUUUCUCUCUUUAGCAGAACAAAACUGACCUCUAGGCUAAGUGCCGCUAAUCUUAAAACACUCUUAACACCACACCUGCUUCUCUAGUCACAAGCACACACACAAAAGAUGCAACGGUACAUCCCCAUACAGAACAACCUUUUGCCAUCGCUGUAGUGAGUGUUUGGGAUCAGCCCUCUCCUCCUAUGCAACUUAUAUUCUGUAACACUUUAAUGGACUCUUACCUGUUGGCAACAAGUGUUAUUUCUCCCCACCCCACCCCCAUAUUAUUUUUGUUCUAAAUUAUGGGGGCCUAACCUGCGACUUAUAUUUUUUGUCAAUUUUUUAACCUUUUUUAAAAAAAUUACUGUAAAAAAUGAAUUUUUUUUCCUGCAGCAGGAAACGUAUAGUUUUGAGUAGUUCUACCUCUUAUUUCUAGAUGUCGGACUUCCUCUUUUAAAAAGGAAAAAAAAAGAAGAAAAAAGAUUUAAUAAUAAUAAUUGUAUAGUAUGGUAUAUAAUGUGAUUUUUACAAAAAAAAGAACAAAAAAAGCAGAAAAAAAUACACAAUCUCAAGGGUACAUCAUAGAACUGAAAUCAGAUAUAUUAACAUUUUUCAUCAGAAAUGCCUCCUUCCUUCCUUCCUUCCUUCCUUCCUUCCAGAUCCGACUGACCACACAAUGAAGGAAUCAGCCCAGGCUUAACGGUCACAUAAUUCUGGGGGACAGAAUCUCUUAAGCCAGGGCUUCUCAAACUUGGGUUCACAGAUGUUGGACUACAUCUGGUAACCCAAGUUUAAGAACUCUGGUCUAAAACACAUCUGCCUCAGCCCUCUAAGCUACUGCUGCACCUCCUUGAUUCACCUCACAAGGCCUUAUACAGGCCAGGCCUCCUUCCUCAACACCAUUGACAUGAAUGGGGAGUGUACAGUGGUACCCAUUUGCAAAUUGUCCUCCAACGGGAGUGGGUAAUACAUCUGAGCAGAUGCAGACUCGAGUCAUGUGCUGAUUUCCUGUUUAGGAUUGUUAGUGUUAUUUCAUGUACUUAAACUUGCUGACACUUCGGGGCGGUGGGGACGGGGGCGGCUAUGCUUGCAAAUUUAAUUUGCAAUAAUCUGGGGAAGGAGGUGCUUCAGAACGCUUAAUUGUUGGUCUGAAUAGCCAUGCUAGCAAAAUCUUUGGUGGGUUAGCUUGCAUGUCUUUUAUCAGAUAGAUUAGAUGGUCUUAUAUAGGUAGAUUCUUCAGGCAAGGAUGAUAUCUAGACUGAAUUCAUAGCAGUUACUUCUGCUUGAUACAGAAAUCCUAAUCCAUAUCCAGUAGAAUCACAAGAUGCAUUUCCGCCCUGGGUAGCAAUUCAGGCUGCUUAUGGGGAGAGUCGCAUAGUUGCAUGUUCCCCCACCAAAACAACAAACAACAAAAACCUCACCUUAUAAAUAGCAAGCUAGUCUGUCAAGGAGCGUGCUUUUAGACGGGCCGCCUCUCAGAGGUGCUGGUUUUCUAUGCGAAAGGAGGAAAAGUUUCAUUUGGGAGGCGGGGUUAAAACAUGAAAUGCCCCACGUGGUCCUUGUGAUUCUGCUGCUUAUGUAGAUCUCAAUCCAGCUAUGUUCAUGAAUGUGCAGAAGAUAAAACAGUUAAGGACAUACUUUUUAUAUACUGGCUAUCAAAAGCAAUAAUGGUCUCUUCCCAGCCUCCAGAAAGCUCUUUAGCCACACAUGUCUUGCAGGGAAAUGCUAGGGACAGUGGUCACGAUCCAGAUAACCCUUUUAGGCACCAGCGCUGGCUUGGGUGUGCACCACGACUUCUCCCUCUCUUUCAGCAGCAACGACUUGUGCUGUAUCAGAUGCAGCCUUCAGAGCACCCCUGGAUUUUGUGGGUGGCUUGCUUGGGCAGUACACAGCCUAACACAGGCCUUUCUGGAUCGGGACCAGUGUGUACAUUGUGGACCUGUUUGCCCCUGCGCUCUCUAGACAUAAUCGGUUACUUCAGCAGUAAGCACCACUUCCGUGCUGUCCACAUUGGCAACUUUGUGAGGACUCCUGAAGUUGUCACAAGCCUCCUCAAAGAGCAUGAAUUGCAUUGGGCAUUUCAGUGAUUUGGUGGCACAGCAGCAGAAAUACGCUACGGAUUGGGAGCAUAGGAGCCCCCCAUCUCCUCCUCAGAGCCCAAAACAACUCAUAAAAAUUGAAAAGUGAGGUGAAUUGAAAUCAGCCGUAAUGUUUUUGAGAUGCAGUGUGACACAUCCUUGCUCAUGUUUCCCCAUCUGUCUGUUCCUAAGUGUCAUUGUUUCCCUAACAGGGUCUUCCACUUUUGAACCAUGUUAAAUGUACUUGAAUUCACUGCGGUAACUUGACUGUUGAAAAGGACAUAAUUGACACAAUCGCUUGUUGUAUAGACCAAGGGUUCUCAGCCCUGGGUCCCCCUAGAUAUUGUUGGGCUACAACUCCCAACAUCCCCAGCUGAAGGCCAUUGUGGCUGGGGAUGAUGGGAGUUGUAGUUCAGCAACAUCUGGGGACUCAAGGUUGAGAACCCCUGAUAGAGGCUAAAGCACACAAGCCUGAGAUGUUGCAUUUCAUGAGUUCCUGGCAUUAGUAGCACUUCACUGCAUGAUUUUUAUUAUUUAUUAUUAUCAGCACUAAAGGUGUAUCUACACUAUGGUUAUAUUGGGUUUUUAUCUCAGCUGGACUGGCAUGGAUCUCUGCCCUGAAACACACACAACCCCAAGCAUCUUGGGAAUUGGAUGGGCCACUUUGUGAAACAGGAUGCUGGACUAGAUGAGCCUUGGGCCCGAUCCAGCAGGGCUGUUCUUAUGGAUUUGGUGAUGGUGCUGAAAAUUCAUUAUUAGGGAUUCCACCCUCCAUCACAGAACUACAGUCCCCGAAAUUCUCUGGGAUGAGGGAAGAAUUGUCAAAGCAGUGUUGAGGCUAUAGUGUAGAUACAUUUUGCGAGAAAAACAUUUUGCAGGAAAGAAGCACUUACUAUAGGACUUGGCUUAUGUCAAGAGCACUUGGUGACAAAGUUCUUAGAGUGAUUAUCGCAUUGGGCCCCUAAAGUGAUGGCUUUCCUCUCUUUAAGAUCUUGGGGACUAUUGGGACCUGGCAGAACAAAGUUUUAUUUGUGCACUGAAUGUGAAAACAAAUAUAGCUUCUUGAAGCAUAAUCUAGGGUGCCAUAUGGCCUGGAGGCUGUCGCACCAUAAAAUUGCUAAUUCUACCUACCUGUCUAUUCAGCUGCCCCAACAUGGUAAGACUCAGAAACGUUCAGAUAUUACAAUUUACAGAACAAUAUUUAAUGGGGGAGGGCAGCAAACUUUCUAGUUGUGUAUUGCCAUUUUGAUUCCUACCUGGAGAAGGCUUCCGUGGAGCUUGCAGGCUUGCUACCAUCGCCCCUAACAAGUUUGUCCAGUAAGAGGUAAUGUUCUGGGAGGUUUUGAACCCUAUAGAUCUAGAAUUGUCUUUGUUUUGCCAUUGACCUUGGUGAGGUCUGGAUUGGACCUCCUAGAGUUAUGGUGCACUUUCUCAGAUUGUGAUGUCACAUUUCAUGUAAUGUCUAUGUAUUUAUAUCCAGAAAGUAUUUAACACCCUCCCCCCCCCGCCGUAUUGGGAUAUAUGUUGGUGUGUGUGUAUGGUAUUGCCCUUUCUCUUGGAAUUCCACUGAAAGGCUAAUCCAUGGUCCUGGAGUUCUUUGCACAGUGCUACUGAUUUAAACUGUAGGACGAGCCGGCUCUGCCCCCUCUUGACCUGCUGCCCUAGAGCUAUUGCUUGCCCCAAGCACUUGCUGCAUGGGACUGUGCCACUAAUGGUCACAUAGCAGGCUACUGGUAGGGGUUAGGGUUCACCAUAGACAGCAAGUACAGAGUGACACCAUUCUUCACCCACAGAGAAUCCUGGCUUUCCAUUUAAAAGCAGAAGUUCAGGCUGAGUGAGUGAGUGUGUGUGUAUAAGUAAUUCUAGUUUGUUUGUUUUUUGUCUUUAUGGCGGCCUCUGGGAGCAGUAAAGGGAGGGAGGGAAGAAUGGAAGAGGGAACAGUAGCUCGGUGAGCAAAUCAGAGAGGUUUGGUGAGCCUUAUUGAGAAACAGGGCCUUGGGAAGAUAUGCUGCUUAGACCAAUUUCCUAGCCAAACUCUUCAGAGAGAUUUCUGCUCAGGGCUAAAAUUGAGUGAACCUUUUUAAAGAGCCAGAGAUAACAUUGUCCCAGACCUACAAUGUGAACUUCCCGAGUUCUCUGUCUGUCCCUCUUUCUGUCUCUCUUUUCUGUAGUCCCCCCUGAUACAAUAAGCAUAUGCAUUAUUUCUCGGAAUCAAGAUGCACUUUCAGAUACUUUUUGUUGUUAUUGUUGUUGUUGUUGUUUGUUGGUCAUUUAAAAACCCUAUUAAAAAGUCUGUAUUUGCUUUGGAGGAACGACUUAUUGAAAACAAAAACUGCCACUUUAUUUUGAAAUGAAGUAAAUCAACACAGUGGAAGACACAGGAGAUUUUUCAAAAAGAGAAGAAAACAUUUCAAUACUUUGAUCCCACCCACUACCCACCCAAGUAAUAUGAAAAAGUAAAACCAUGAAAUUCCUUAUAACAUUAUAGAAUUUUACAGUUUUAUGAGGCUUUCUAUUGUGACUUUUAUGGAAUCAAGAGAUGAAGAAGAUGAGAUAUUUUAGCAUUUAUAUUUUUCAAAAUUAAAUGUAUACUGAAAAUAAAGUAACUUUAUGCAUUUA